UUUAGGAUUCAGAAAAAGUACAGGACUUAAUGCUGAGUGGCACAUGGGCUGUGGGCAAGACAUCACAUCUGAACAAAGAACCUGAGGCUCAUUCCUGGAGACUGGUCUUCACCUGAUACACAACAGGCUUUCUAAUUGAGGGACAAGAACUGUUUCUACUGCCAUGAUAACCAUACAAGGAAUAGAACACACUGCAUUGGAAGCUGGCUAUGAUGCCCAGAAGGUGGGACAACAGCCUUUAUAUGUGAACUCACUUUCGUGGAAAAGGAUGACAGAGAAGUUCUUGAAGGGAGAACCCAAAAUCCUUGGGGUUGUGCAGAUUGUGAUUGCCCUCAUGAACCUCAGCAUAGGAAUCACGAUGAUAAGUGCUGUUGUGCCAGCCGAUGAAAUCCUCCCUGUCUCGGUGUAUAUAGGGUACCCAGUCUGGGGAUCUCUGAUGUUUAUUAUUUCAGGAUCAUUCUCAAUUGUAGCAGGAAGAAGAACUACAAAAGGUUUGGUUCGAAGUAGCCUAGGCCUGAACAUCACCAGCUCCGUGUUUGCGAUCUCAGGGAUCAUAAUCAGCUCACUGAGCCCAGGCAUUUAUUCUUUCCAUUUCUACUACUGUACAUAUAGAAGCUCUUCAGAAAGCUGUCUCAUGACCAUGUCCAUUUUAAUUGGUCUGGAUAUUGUGGUAGUCAUUUUAAGUGUGCUGGAGUUCUGCAUUGCUGUGUCUCUCUCUGCCUUUGGAUGCAGAGUGAUGUGUUGUAACCCUGGUGGGGUCGUGGUAAUUAUGCCAUCAAGUCCUCCCACGAAAGAAACACCAUGUCCUAUAUCACUUUAAGGAGGUUUGGUACCACUGGCAUACCAAGAGAAAAAUGUUCCAGAAAAUCUGCAGUGAAUUUUUUUUCAAGAACCACACAUGGGGAAACACAAGACUUCAACUCUGAUGUGGAUGCCUCUGUGUGUGUGUGUGUGUGUGUGUGUGUGUGUGUGUGUGUGUGUGUGUGUGUGUGUGUGUGUACGUUUGGAAUGACAUUCUCAUGUUUCCUCAGGAACUUGGCUGAUCAUUCCAUUGGCUUUUCAUAAGAAUAUCAGAAUGGAAUAAAUAAACCAUCCAUUUACUAGCUAAAUAGCACUUGACCAUGUUUUAUUCAUACUUUAGACAAUCUAAAAGUGCUUUAAAUAAGCAAAGAAAGUUUUAAAGUAAACGGAUGAAAUGAUUUUAAUCACAUGAGAUUUUCACACUGACUACACAUUUCUGCCACUUUGUGUAAUGUUCUUCCUGUUUGUCUAACUUUGGUUUUUGAUUUUGUUUAAAAACAAUUUGGCGAUGUGUUUUUUCCUUCAAGAAGUACAGAAACAUGAAUUUUGCUUCUUUUUGUCCUACUUCUCUUGUAUGCCAUAAAAAUGUACCACAGCAUAGCAAAGUCAAUGUGUGCCAAUGUCCAAGUGAGCGUAUGUUGGGGCAUGUAGAUAAGAUUCAACUUAUUUUUAUCUCCCCCUUCCUCUUCUUCCUACUAAGCAGGACAAUACCUAAUUAAACUUUUAUCUUGUGCCAUGUA